GCGCGGCGCAGCCAAUCAGAGCCGCGCGUGGUUUUCAAAUUGGCGGCGCGCGGGUGGCGGCGGGACCCGACCGGGAACCAGGGCCGAGACCGAGCCCAAACCCGGCGGGACCCGACCGGGAACCAGGGCCGAGACCGAGCCCAAACGCGGCGGGACCGGACCGGACCGGACCGGGAACCAGGGCCGAGACCGAGCCCAGCUCGGUGGGCCCGAAACCCAGACCGGGAGCGGGGCCGAGACUGAGAGCUACCGCAGCUGUAGUCUAGACCGGGAGCGGAACCAGGAGCAUUGCCGGGCCAUGCAGCGCGCCACGAUCCCCGCCGCGCAGAAGCGGCCCCGGCGCACCCCACUGCUGCAGCUGCAGUCGGACGCUGACCGGACCGGCCUGACCCCCCUGCUCCGCCGGCUGCGGCUCAAGGACCAUGACUGUGCCACCUCAGUGUCCUGUGCCCAGGGCCCCUGCAGCAGUGUCACCACGAGGCCUUGCACCCCAGGACCCCCACGAAGUGCUACCCUGGGCCCCCCCAGCAGCACCACCCUAGUGCCUGGCAUCUUGGAGCCCUCCAGCAGCACCACUUUGGAGUCCCCCAGGACCUCCACCCGUGACCUCAGGACUCCCAUCGUUAAGCCUGGUGCCUCUGAGGCCCCCAGCAAUGCCACCCUUAUUCCUGGUGCCUUGGAGACCUCUAGCAGCACCAGCCCAGAGGCCACUGGCAGUCCUGUCCCAGUGUCCAGCACACCAGAGCUCCCUGACAACACCAUGCAAGCCCCUCUGUGCAGUCCAGUCCUGGGGCCCAGCACUCAGGAGCCCCCCAGCAGCACUGUGCCAGCCUCUGUGUGCAGCUCCAUCCCUGUGCCCAGCACUCAGGAGCCCCCCAGCAGCACUGUGCCAGCCUCUGUGUGCAGCUCCAUCCCUGUGCCCAGCACUCAGGAGCCCCCCAGCAGCACUGUGCCAGCCUCUGUGUGCAGCUCCAUCCCUGUGCCCAGCACUCAGGAGCCCCCCAGCAGCACUGUGCCAGCCUCUGUGUGCAGCUCCAUCCCGGUGCCCAGCAACUCAGAGCCCCCUAGCAGCAUCGUGCCAGCCUCUGUGUGCAGCUCCAUCCCGGUGCCCAGCAUCUCAGAGCCCCCUAGCAGCACCAUCCCAGCCCCUCUGUGCAGUCCAGUCCUGGGGCCCAGCACCCCAGAGCCCUCCAGCAGCAUCGUGCCAGCCCCUCUGUGCAGUCCAGUCCUGGGGCCCAGCACCCCAGAGCCCUCCAGCAGCAUCGUGCCAGCCCCUCUGUGCAGUCCAGUCCUGGGGCCCAGCACCCCAGAGCCCUCCAGCAGCAUCGUGCCAGCCUCUGUGUGCAGCUCCAUCCCGGUGUCCAGCACCCCAGAGCCUUCCAGCAGCAUCAUUCCAGUCUCCCUGUGCAGCUCCAUCCCAGUGUCCAGCACCCCAAAGCCCUCCAACAACACUGUGCCAGUUUCCCUGUGCAGCUCCAUCCCUGUGCCCAGCACCCCAGAGCCCUCCAGCAGCACCAUUCCAGAUCCCCUGUGCAGCUCUAUCCUAGGAUGCAGCAGUCCAGAGUGCCCUGGCAGCACUGUGCCAGUUUCCUUGUGCAGCUCCAUCCCUGUGGCCAGCAUCUUGGAGUCCCCUGGCAGCCCCAUGUGCAGCCUUGUCCUGGGGCCCUGCACUCUGGAAUCCCCUGGCAGCACCACUCCAGGGCUCCCCAACAUUAUUAGCUCAGUGUCUUGCAACCCAAACUCUCCAGGCACCGCUGUUCUACACCCCUGCAGCUCUGGGUCCCCUGGCAAUGCCAGCACAGCCUCCUGCACCCCAGGGCCCCCUGGCACCAGCUCCACUCUGCAGAAGACUCCUUUCCAUAGGUGGCGAGCAGCACCUCCAGACUUUUCCUGCAGCUCUGACCCCCCAUCUGCAAAAGGGAGUGCUUAUCAUCUGCAUUGCCAAGGCACCCCUGAGGGAGCCGAGUUCCCUGCCCCUGUCCCCCCAGAACAGAGCCCACCUGGCCUCCCUCCCAUCGACGCAAGUGGGUUGGAGCCUGCUGAGUCAGAAGCCACUGUCACCCCUGUCACCUUGCCUGAAUCGACCCUGGGUGCUGUGUCCUGGACGUUACCACUGGUGUGGCUGGAGAAGACCCUCAACUCCUCGUUCCUGGUGGAAUCCCUGCGGCACAGCCUGCCCCUCCGCAAGCCACAGCAGGAUGCCAGCAGCAGUGUCACGCCUGUGCACACUGCGGUCUCCAGCACCAGCACGACCCCUAUGCCAAAUGUGGUCGCUGGCACCAGCACGACCCCUGUGUCCACUGAGGUCACUGGCACCAGCACGACCCCUGUGUCCACUGAGGUCACUGGCACCAGCACGACCCCUGUGCCCACUGCAGUCACAGGCACCAGCACAACCCCAGUGCCCACUGUGGUCACUGGCAUCAGCACGACCCCUGUGUCCACUGCGGUCACUGGCACCAGCAUGACCCCAGUGCACACCAUGGUCACUGGCACCAGCGUGACCCCAGUGCCCACUGUGGUUGCUGCCACCAGCACAACCCCUGUGUCCACUGUGGUCACUGGCACCAGCGUGACCCCAGUGCCCACUGCGGUUGCUGGCACCAACACAACACCAGUGCCCACCAGAGCCAUUGGAACCAGCAUAACGCCAGUGCCCACUAUGGCCACGGGCACCAGCAUGACCCCAGUGCUCUCCAUGGCAACCAGCACCUUCAUGACACCUCAGGACAUGCGGGAGAGGAGCAUGAACACAUCCAGCGGAAGCUUCCCCUGUGCCAAGGACAGCGCUGCGGAAACAGACUCCCUGCUCUGGCACUGUCCCCGGGAGCAGCUGAAGACCCUGCCACGGGCAGAGCUGGAGGGGAGGCUGGAGAGCACCCUCAUCAUCAUGGAAGCCCUCUCGCUGCAGAUACGUGACUGGCAGAACAGCCAGCGGCUGUGGCCUGGCGUGGGGCUGGCCAAGCAGAGGGACGCGUUCACACAGACUGACACCACCCACCCUGAAGGGAGCAUCUGGAGCAGCCCCCUGUUCCAGGGUCUUGCGGGUGCUGCUUUUCAGAGCUUGCAGGAUGAGCAGGGAGUUCUCGUGCAGAAGCGGGAGCAGGAAAGGACCCUGGUGUCCCAGUCCCAGGCUGUGCUUGAGACUGCUCCCAGCAAGGUGCAGAGCUGCCUGGAAAAGCGGGAUGCCAUCAGGCAGCGAGUGGAUGAAGCCCUACGAGCCGAGCAGGGAUAUCUCUUCCUGGAGGCUUUCUGUGCCCAUGCCAGCGCCCAGAUCAGUGCCCGUGACCAGAGCCUGGCCUCCCAGCAAGAGCUGAGCACGCUGCUGGCCCAUGCCAUGAGCCUGCAGGCAUCCCUGUCUGCUGAGACGCAGUCUUUUCGGGAAUUCUUAGAUGUCACCUUUGAAAAUCUGCAGAAGGAAAGGAAGGCCAUGGAUGAGGAGCGGGAGCAGACAAGUGCCCUGGCGUCCCAGUCCCAUGCCCUGUUGAAGCGUGUGCACGACAAGCUGCAGAGCUGCCUGGAGGAGCUGGCUGCCACAAAGAAACAAGCAGAGGAAGCUCUUCAAGCCAAGGAGGAGGCAUCCUGCCAGCUGGAGCAGACCUUGGUGACCCUGAAGGACACACAGGCUCAGCUGGAGCAGCUGACAAUGGACAACUCACUCCUGGACAAAGAGCUGAUCUCCAUGGGGAUAAAUCUGACUAGCAUGGAGCAGGAGCGGGAUGCACUGCAGCAGGAGAAUGAGAAGCAGUGGGAGGAGAUGGCCCAGCUGGCGCAGGAGAGGAACUCCCUGAAGCAGCAGUGCAAGGAGCUGUGCCAGGAUCUGCAGGAGGCCAACGAGUGGAGGGAGUUCCUGGAUCAGGAGAACCAAGUGUGCCGCACACAGGUGGUGGAGGUGGAGGCCAGACUGAACUCCACGCUGGCCAAGCUGCAGGAGCGUGUCCUGCAGCAUGAGGAGCUGAUGGAGUCCCACCAACAUUUGCGGGAAGAGCAGGCUGCCCUCAGCAAGGAGCUGGACAGCACCAAGGCUGAGCUCCUCAGCUUGCAGACAAAGAGGGACAAAGUUUCUUGGUGCUCCAUGGACAUUAUGGAGAGCAAGAUGUGGUUGCAGGAGCUUGCUGACUGCCUCAAGGCUGCUCUGGAAGAGCAGGAUGAUGAUGAUGAUGCUCCAUCGAGAAGCAAAGCCUGGACCCCAGGCCCCCGGACCCUGGGCUGGCAGACCCCACGCCGUGCCUGGACCCCAGCCUUCCACACCCCGGUGUGCCGCAUCCCGCACCGUGCUGGCAGCUCCUUCGUGGGCAGCGUCCUGAAAGCUGUGGCAGGGAAAGAUGCCAAUGAAACCACCAGAAGUGGGAGUACAAUUGCCAAGGACAAACAUGCAUCUGUGCCAAAGCCAAUAGAUCCCGAGGACGCUCUGCUGGAGAGUGUGAAGGAGCUGAGAGCUGUGGUCUCCAACCUUGCCAUGCUGAGCUCCCGCAUCCAGGAACUGGAGCAGAGCAAGUUCAGGGCACUGCAGAUGGAGAUCUCUGACCUGCAGCGCUGCCUGGAGACAAUGACAGCUGAGAGCCAGGAGAAGGUGGAUGCCCAAGCUGCCACCAUUGCCAAGCUGAACAAGGCACUGAGGACCAAGGUUGAGAAUGAGAAGGAGCUGCAGGACGUGGUGAAACAGCAGGAAGAGAAGAUGAUGCAACUCAUCGACAAGAGUGGGGAAGUCACGAGGCUGAAGACAGAAGUCUCUGAGCUGCACCGCUUGCUCCAGCGCGCAGAGACAGAGGCCAAGGUGCUGUGGGAGGAGGUGAGGGGCAAGGAGCACCAGGUGGACACUGCCAAACUCCAGGAGCGGGUCAUGCUGCGGCGGGAGGUGGAUAAACUGCGGCUGCUGUUCGUGGAAAAAGACGCUGAGAACAAGCGGCUCACCAACAAGUACCUGGAGCAGGUCCGAGGGCUGGAGAUGGAGCUCCAUCAUACUCAGAAAAUGGUGAGGACUCACGAGGAGAUGCAGGAGAAGAUAAAAGAGGUCCUGUCUGCUGUCCCUGAGGUGGCUCUGUGUUGCCAGGAGCUCCAGAGCCUGAUGCACUGCCUGGGCCUGAAGCCAGCCAGCAAGGAAGUUGCUGAGCUGCUGUAGCCUGUAGCCUGAAACCUUUCCUGUUGUUAAUGUUGUAAUUAUUUAUUCAAUAAAGUUGUGUUGGCUUAUA